ACUAGGAUUUUUCGAUGCCAAUUUUGUACUCUUUCAAAAAAGUUCUCACAUAUAUCAGCUCAACCCCUCCUUUAUCUGUUGUCUUUGUUGUGAUCUUCUCUCCAACUCUUAGGGACAUGCCUAAUUUUACAUGACGGGACUCCAUUUUACUAUGGAUCUGAGGUUUCUGCCCCAGUCCUGGUUCAUGGAUCUCCAUGACGUCUCAGCCUUUUCUUUUCUUUGACAAAUGGUUCCUAGUAUAUUUAGCCUUGCAACGAUCUUUUCAAUUUUUCAAUUUUGUCAGGUUUUCUUGUCUAAAUUACAACUAUUUGGUAUAAGUUUUCAAGAGGUCCUCAAGUUGGUAUAUCCUUGUUCCUCAGUUUCAUUAGGCUGUGUCUUGAAGUCUUUAUCCCCUGAUUACCAUUCCUCCCAGAGAACAUCUUCCUCAUCACAGUUUAGCUCGUCCUGCUAUUCUAGGAACUUAAUCUAUUUGAUUGGCCAUGAUACCCACCAAGUGUACAAAGAAUCGAGUAUCACCGAAAACCCCAAGCCCCCAGCUUAUCCCAGAGCUUACCUCUCCUCCCUGGCAUCAAUCGGGGAGUGCAUUAAAACUCAGAAAAAACAAGUCAAGGCGGUCUUUUACAGGAAAACAUCGCGAGCCCAAAAGGCACACUUCUCGAAUCUCUACCUCGAGAAUCACCCAAGAUCAAGAGCACUCCGAAGCAGAUGGAUCAAAGAGCCAUAAGGAGGGCAAAGAUCAAAUGUCAAGAGCAGUAAACCCCGACUUGAAAGACGAGAAGAGAUUGGAUGUUGGGGAAGCGAAGAAAGAAGCUAGUCCUGCAGCUCAAGAAAAUCCUUUCGAGCAAAGCCUUACGGAACGGAAGUACGCCAGGAAGAUAAGUCUUUUGUUACGUACGCAGUCGACUCGAGGUAUAUAAACCCCGCCCCUUGGGUUCUUCGCUAGAAUGACCCCUGCAGAGAUGCCCAUCAUGUUGGCGGGAAGAGUUGUUCGGGGUUGCCGGAGCGCGCUGCGCUGACCCCAAAGGUACUUGCCCAGGUUCAAAAUGUAAGAAGUAUGACGGAGUACAUCAGAAGCUCCAAGAGGCAUCUAUUAGUUAAGAUAUCCAGUUCGUUUACGGAGUACAACCGGCAAUUCGAAGUGAAAUUCAGGCAACGACCAUUGGUUGCUCACGGGACCUCUCACGAUUCGACUGGGCAUCUAAAUAUGGACUGAGACUCGACGCUUUCACUCGCCCCCGAAAGCACAAGCCAAGCACUGCCCCACGCCAAACGAACCAACAGAAAUCCUGGUCAAAGCAAUGGUGCCAAGAACCAGCUAGUUUGGACC